CCGGGACAACUUCAGUUUAUUCCUCACUGGCCUGAGAAACCUGAUCAUCGGGACUCAUCCAGACUGUUUCCAGAGACUCAUUUCUGUUUUUUAUUCUAACGACAUGAGGCGUAAUUUGAACCAGAGACUCCCAGAAAGGGAGGAAAGCCCUCCAGAAGAGGAAGGAAACGCUGCAGGUGGGAAUUUGAAUCGUCCAGCAGCGGAAUAUCCGGACAGAAAUGAAACUCAGAGGAGGAGAAGUGAGGAAGCUUCGAACACCGGGCCGCAGCACUCAGGCUGCUUCACCGUCAUCCCGCCAAACCAGUCUCGACGGAGCGACCUUCAAGCAGCGGCUCAAAGAGAGGAGGCGGCCCUGGAGAGGUGGAGGGAGGAGAACCGGGUCCAGUCGGUCCACAUCGCUCCACAGCGGCUGGGCGGUGGAGCGUCUGAAGCUGAAGCCAGACGGAAUCAGGUCACAGAGUUUCAUUCCUCCAAAAUACAGAAGCGGCUGAAGAAGAUGGAGAUGGACAAGAGGAGAAGACAAGAGGAGGAGGAGAAAAACCAGAGGAUGAAAGACACACAGAGGCAGAAGGCUGAGCUCCGGGAGCAGAGGGAGCAGCAGGAGCAGCAGAUGAGGAGGGAGCAGCUCCAGGAGGAUCACUUCAGGACCACUGAGACGUUCUUCCAGCAGUUGGAGAUCCGAGCUGCAGAUCGGCUGCCAUCCAGCUGUGCCACACACACGUCAUCCCGGAGUGACGCUGAGGACGGGAAUCGCAGCGUGAAGGAGAAGAAGAGCGAAAAGGAAGUGCAGGAGGAUCACAGGAGGGUGAACUCGGCCUUCCUGGACCGGCUGGAGGCUGCAGGCAGGCAGGAGGUGGAGCGCCCCCCCCCGCCCGCCGCCGAGGCCCACUCCCUCGCUCAACUGAGGCCACGCCCACAGCCGGAACCGUCCGAGUCCACGGGAGCCGCCGACCCGGAGCCUGAGCAGACCCUGAUGAGGCUCCAGAGCAGCUUCCCGGACUCCAGCCCCGACUUCCUCCUGGACAUCCUGGAGCAGUGCGGCUGGGAUUACCACCGGGCCUUCGCUCUGCUCAUUACUUGAAUUUUAUGCAUCUCUUCUUGAAGAGGGCGUAAUGAACUCAAAGCGGUGCUUCCUGUGUCUUCGGCCUUUUAUUUCUCGAGCUAUAAAAUGAUUCUUUCUGCAUUUUCUGCUGCAAUUUUCCUGCUGACUCACCAACGUCUGAUUGAGAGUUGAGGGUUUCUCUUCACUGUCCAGUGGUGCAGGUCCAGGUUAUCGGUGUGAUCUGGUGUCAGUUACCAAACCUGUCAGUUAAAUGCCCGGAAGGUGACCUCUGACCCUCAGCACGACACUAUCUCCACACAGCUGCAUUAAAUAAACACUUUUCAGAUUGGGUGAGCCUCCUCCGAGCUGCUGCUGGUCCUUUGCUCCUCAUCCCGGAGCGUCCCGGUGUCCGGUGUCCGUCUGCACCCUCCGGUGAGUCACGCCGGGGUUUCGUCCCGGCAGCCGAGCUCCGCCGACGUUCGCUCUGCUCUCUCCAGUUUGGUUGACGGUCGUCGCCGUGACUCACGAUCCUCAGAUCACAUUCAGGCCUCCUAAUCAAAUCAGCGUGUGCAGAUGGAAUAACGGCCGAUCCCAGUUUACUCGGCUCUGCUGUUUGUUUUAGACUCAAACUGUGAUGCAUCCGAAGACCUGAACCCCAGUUUGGACUUUCACUGGAAAACCUUUCAUGGGAGGUUCCACAAAAACACAACACGAUAAAAAAACUGACUGGCUGUGAACUUCCUUCAGGCUGGUGUGUCCAGCGUUUCCUUCUCGUAGGGGUGUGUGUGUGUGUGUGUGUGUGUGUGGGUGGGUGUGUGUGUGUGUGUGUAGACGUGCAGAGCCGGACAGAGAUGCUUAUCACCUCAAACAGAACAAUGGCGGCUCGUCUCCGCAUGUGGGGCUGAAAAUCCCCUUCCAGCUCCGGCAUGAAGUCAUGAUGGGUGUUUUACAGCUGAUCUCAUCCAAUAAACGUCCUUCCUGCUGAAAU